GGCCUGGCAACGGCCUCGAGGCUGCUGCGAGAGGCUGAAGAAGCUCUCCAGGAUGAGCAGAAUGAUAACGCACUGCGCUGCGCAGAAAAGGCGGCGGCUUGCUAUGGCCGCCUCCCAAAUGAUCCGGAGUCUCCGGGACUCAUCGACUGCCAAAGGGCACGCUUUCAAGCCAUGGCGCAGAUGGGCGAGCGAAAGAGGGCUCUGAAACUGUCGAAGGAGGAGCUGGAUGUCUGCCUCGCUGCGAAAGACACUCGUGGGGAGGCCAUCAUGCGGCUAUGCAUCGCGGAGACCGUUUUGGAGAAGAUGGGCAGCAAGCAUCGGAAAGAGGCGAUUCCGAAUGCCACCAAAGCAGCCCACAUCUUCCGAGAUUUGGAAGAUGACAGGCUUGAGGCCAUGUCCCUUCUCGUCAUGGCCAACGCCCACCUCAAGCGAUCUACCGCGGUCAUGGAUGCCACGAAAGACAGCCAGCUUGCCAUCGACUUUGCAAAGGAUGCGCUAGACCUCGUCCGCAGCCUGCAGGAUCGCCGGCAAGAGGGUCUUGCACUGCAUACCAUCUCGGUCGGAUACCUGCACCUCCAAGAGUUUCGGCAGGCGAUCCAGCUGUGCAAGCAGGCCAUCAAGAUCUACCAGGAGAUUGGCGCAAGGAAACUGGAAGCUUUCGAGCGCCGUGUGCUGGCGCGAUGGCACCUCAGGAAAGAUGAGCCCGAUCAAGCUCUGGAAGCUGCGGAAAAGUCCUUGCACAUGUUCCGCGAGCUUGAGCAGUCCCGCUCCGUGACAG